CUCAGGACUAUCGCGAAGGAUCAGACUUGCAGCUGAGCAUUUCCUGGCUGGCCAUUUUGUGGCUCAGUUGAUGCCCUGUUUCCAGCGAGUUUGCCCGAUUCUCUAUCUCCACUUGCAACGGUUCCUUCGUAAAUUGCGUACAACACCGUUAAUCCGAUCUGCCUUGCGGGAAUGUUUCGAAUACGAGCCUCAACUGGAGGAAGACGCACCGAGAACCGGGGAACCUAAAUCAGAUGUUGUUCUUGAGGCAUCUCUUUUACUAUCUGAACAAGGUGGGUUUCUUGAGCAUACUCUUGACAAAUUUGCGCGUCACAGAGUCGCAACUCCCGACUUUCCGACCUUGAAUUUCCGGUUUGACGAAAACGUUCGUGCAUUACUGAGACAAGCUCUGUGCAUGUCAAAUGCAACGACGAGGAAGAUAGCAUCUUCCUCCAGUCCUUCGACACAAAACCAGACUACAACAUUAACAUUUUCAACUGAAGCCGAUUUGAUGUCACAAUUCUUUGUGAAAAAUGUUGCAUCUCCUUCCUCUAUGCUGGGUUCUACUCCUAGUUCCAUCAAGGGAGAAUCGCCAUUGCAAUCAUCGGUAUUUCCAAGGAAGAUGGACAAGGAAAUAGAAGAGACCAAAACUUUUUCGCUUGCAGAGUUUGCUGCAUCUAGAACCCGGAUUUCCAUAUCACCGGCUGCGGACGCCUUAGCACUUGUCGGCGAGCCUGCACUCUACUACGCGAUGGCGUCUGGAUGCGAGGAUAUCAACGGACACUCGUUGUGCAGUAUCCUCGAAUCACUUUCGAACACGAACCUUGAAACUUUCUCUACCCCCGAGCCUCUCAGAUUCUCGUGUCUGUGCCUGUGUGUCUGCUACUUAGUUUUGAACUCAAGAAGUAAAGGAGACGACGAAGAGCAGCGCUGUCGUGCGGUAUUGAGAAAACUAUUCUUCUUUCCAGAACUACCUCCACUACGACAACUCGGGCUAGUACCUGCAACUGGGACGACCACAGGACAAUCAUCAUCUGGAUCUGCACUGGAGCACAAUAAUAUCAAGAACGAUCAUGCUGGUGUUGACGAGCCUUCUAGGAGUACUAGUAGAACCAAUACUAAUACGAGGGCCUAUGAGGACCUUUUAGCGGAGGUAUGCGACAGGCUGAUAGUCUUAUUCGAGGAAUUGACCUUCGGAGACACUCUUGUGGGAGAGUAUCUUACUUUCUUCGCAUCGGAUGCGGCGCCAAGCAUUUGUCGGAGGAAGAUCGAGGAAAGCGCUGUGCCGAUGUUGUUAAACAGGGGGUGAAGUGCUGGAUACUCCCUUGUAUGAAGAGCUGUGUUUGGAUCAAGAAACCAAUUUUCUUUCAUGUUCAAUCGUGUUGUUUGUUCUUGGUAAGUUGAGUAAAAACGAGGUGAUCAGGUACUUACUCGUCACGUACUAGUACAAGACGCAAGACGAAACGCAGCCGCACGGCGUCGACUGAUUCUCUGUAGACUCCGCGGUCCUGAAAUCCCGUAGAACUAUCACAACCUCCACAGACGAUUUUCCGUAGAGUUACACGCCAAAUGGAGCUGCCUGUUUUUAGUUCUUGUUAUGUUGACCCUUAUCGUUUGAUACGAAAGGUCAAAGAUCAUGCG